AUGGCAUCGUCUUCCUCGUCUCACCAGAAGAGUAAGGAAUCAAAUGCUUUCUCUGGAAUUGAACCCGCCGGCAAAAGAAGGAAGGUUUCUGAAUCUUUAAUAUUGUACGAUGUAUUCAUCAACCACAGAGGCCCCGAUGUCAAAGGAACUUUGGCUACUCAGUUUUACAACUCUCUUGAACAGUUGGGGAUACGGGCAUUUCUUGAUUCCCAAGAGAAGGAGCUAGGAAAUUCAUUUCCUUCCACUAUUGAGACAGCCAUCCGCUCUGCAAAGGUACACAUAGCCAUCUUUUCCCAAAGAUAUGCAGAGUCACCUUGGUGUUUAGCUGAGCUGGUUCUCAUGCUAGAAAGCAAGGCUAAAAUUAUUCCCGUGUUUUGUGAAGUGGAGCCAUGGGAACUCCGGCACAUAGAAAGGGGACGAUACGCUGAUGCAUUCAUUAACCAUGAAAAGAAGGGCAGGUACCUGGAGAAACUUAAAGAGUGGAAGGAAGCCCUUCAAUCUCUUUCAUUUACAGCCGGCGAAGAAUAUAAGAGUGCUGCCGAUUGUCACAGAAUAGUAGAAGCUGUCAAAAAAGAAGUACAAAAGAAAACAUGUUUGCAUGUUGCUGAAUAUCCGGUUGGGCUUGACAAUCUUGUGGAAGAUUUUGAAAGGAGAUGCCUUGAUGAACGUGUCAAAGAUUUUGAAAGGCGAUGCCUUGAUGAACGUGUCAAAGAUUUUGAAGAUAAGUGCGGCCUAGGAGAAGGGAAACAUAAUAGUAAGGUAGUUGGCAUUUUUGGCAUGGGCGGAUCGGGGAAGACCACUCUUGCCAAAGAAUUGUUUAACCGAAAGAGUGAGGAUUACAAACGAGCAAGUUUUUUGUUUGAUGUGCGAGAAAAGUCUGUGACAGGCCAAUUACAUUCCUUGCAAUGUAAGCUACUAAAAGACCUCUUCGAUGAUCGUGAUCUCAGCUUUACAAGCACAGAUGAAGGAACAACCUAUCUGAAAGAUCGUUUACAAAGGAGCCCCCUUUUAAGCUUUUUAAUUGUUGUAGAUGACAUCGAUCAUGUGGAGCAGUUAAAUGCUCUUCGAGUUAUGGAUUUCUUAAAUAAAUCUGGUAAUAGUCUGGUUAUUGUCACAACCCGUGACGUUGGAGUGCUUAUAGCUGCAGGAAUUACUGUUGGUUACAAUUUAAAAGGAAUGGGUAGAGAUGAUGGGAGGAAACUCUUCUGUUGGCAUGCCUUCGACCAACCCAUUCCACAUAGUGGGUACGAGAAGGUGGUUGACUCCUUCGUAGACGUGUGUGGAGGGUUACCUCUGUCUCUUCAGGUUCUGGGCAGGCACGUUCAUGGUAGAGCGCACGAGUACUGGGAGUUGGAAUUGAUUAAAGUUAGAAAGACGUUGCCUCGGGACGUAAAGCAAAGUUUGAGAGUAAGUUUUGAUGCAUUGGAUUGGGAAGAAAAACAGAUUUUUAUGGAUAUUGCUUGUUUCUUUGUGGAAAAACCAAAAAGCAUAAGCACAAGAGUUUGGGAGGGGUCUGGAUGGAAUGCUCGACAUGCAUUGGAAACACUCAAAGAUAGGUGCCUUGUUGAAGAAACAGAAAUUUUCCGGAAUCUGCAUGUACAAGGCGAACUUGUAUUUAUAAUGCAUGACCACUUAAGGGACUUGGGAAGAGAAAUGGCACAUGAGCUCAGCCCUCCUCAUCGCCUGUGGCGUCCUCAAGAUCUGAAAUCUUUGGAAUCAAUAGAUUUCAAAACAAUACUCGACAAAACCAAUAUAAGGUGUUUCCAUUCCAUUUUCGACAAGUCCAUGGGUUCUCAGGUUACAUUCUUUUUAGGCCAACCAGUUACUUGCCUUGAGACGUCAGCUUCCUUACUAUGGCUCCAGCUUGAGGGCAAUUCCAGAGAACAACCAUGCAUCCCUUCAUGGAUUCCUCUUCAAAAUUUGCAGUCUUUUAAAAUCAUAGGUGGACGACUCAAAACGUUUUGGGAGAAUCGCAUACAGGAGCCUUUCCACCUGAAAGAGUUGUUGAUUUUCCGAGCCUUUGUGGAAGAGUUUCCAGAUUUAUUAGGAGAAUCCGAUAGUUUAGAAAACGGGGGGAAGUUUAGUAGUGUUAAGAUCCCAAUGAGUGGCUUUGAAAAGCUAGAGAAUAACAGUGAAAAUUUUGUAUCCAAAAUAUUAAUUAAUGGAAAUCACUUUCCCAACCUUGAGUCUGUCAAUCUUCAUGACUUGGAAAAUCUUAUGCAAGUGGAUGUAACAAAUUUAAAGACGUUAAAAUGUUUGGAUAUUACAAAUUGUAAAAAAUUAAGAAGAUUGACAGGACUAUCUGAUCUUACAAAUCUUGAGCUGUUAAACAUUUGUCAAUGCCGAGACCUUGAGUUUGAGUAUUUGUGUCUCGGGGGUAUGAACAGUCUGGAGAGGAUAACAAUUGAUAGAACUGUAAAGGUGAAAUAUUUUGAGCUUGAUGAUUGUCAACAUUUAAAAACAGUAAGGUUUGGUUAUGAAACACUUGUAAAAUUAAGCAUUCGUGACUGUCCGAAGCUUGACAAGUUGCCCAUAUUUAGAUGUCCAAUUUAUUUGGAGAUGAUUAUGAUUGAUGGAUGUGGAAAGUUCAAAUAUCUUGAAUUGGAUGGCUGUCCAAAUUUGAAAAGUGUGUCAGGUAACUUUGAGCUUAAAGAUUUGUCCAUAAAUGAUUGUCCCAAGUGGUUGCCAAGUUUUGCCGCAUUGAGCUGUUUGGAGCAAAUUGAGAUUAAGAAUUGUGAGGGGAUACAGGAAAUUAUGCUGCCAACAACACUCAUCAGUCUUUCGGUACAAAGUUGUAGAGGUCUGAAAAGAAUAGAAGAAACCGAUGAUGCUACAAAGCUUACAAAGCUGUACAUUUCAAGGUGUCCUGAGCUCGAGUUGCCAAAUCUUGCCAGACUGAAGUGCUUGCAGCGGAUACAAAUAGACACUUGUAAGAAGCUCCAGAUACUACAUGUGGAAGAUUGUAAGAAGCUGGAAAUCCUAAAUGUGGAGGGAUGCAAGAAGCUAGAGAUCAAGUAUUGUUCGAAGAUGAAAAACAUAACUCUUCCAACGGGACUCAACAGGCUCUCUGUGAAAGGUUGCAGGCAAUUGAAAAGGGUGUUAGGAAGCGGUAAUCUUACAAAGCUUACAUUAAUGAAUAUUAGUAAGUGUCCUGAGCUUGAAAGGCUUCCAAAUCUCGACACUUGUGAGAAGCUGCAAAUCCUAUAUGUGGAGGAUUGUAGGAAGCUGGAAAUCCUACACGUGGGAGAUUGCGAGAAGCUAGAGAUCAUAGAGAUCAAGUAUUGUGAGAUGAUGAAGAACAUAGCACUUCCAACCGGACUCAACAAUCUCUCUCUGAAAGGUUGCAGACAACUGAAAAGGGUGGCAGGAAGCGGUGACCUUACAAAGCUUACAUGGAUGGAUAUUAGUGACUGUCCUGAGCUUCAGGAGUUGCCAAGUCUUCCCAGAAUGAGCUGCUUGGAGGUGAUUGCGAUUGACUCUUGUGAGAAGCUACAGAACAUGACAGGUUUUGAAGAGUUGCAUGCAUCAAAAUUUAUGAAACUUUCUUAUUGCAACAGUGCAGUAACACGGAAUUGCGUUCAUAAGUUGAUGAGUGUGCCCUCAUGGGGAAUGGAUAUGAUUGGAAGAGCUGUGGAUGGAGCAGAUUCAAGAUUAAACGAAAAUAUGUUUGGUGACGCUAAUAUUGGCGCCGAUGUAGGGAUUGAAAUUGUUAUUCAGGAAACUUGUCCCGAAUGGUCAGAAUUAAGUGCAGUCAUUGUGUGUUAUUUGGUUAUUGUUGAUAGCUGUACUCCGGUAGAGUCCAUAAAUGAAUCACUUUCAGAAUACUUACUUUACAUACGUGAAGGAGAAUGGAUAAUUACAAUGGUAGCAUGUGAUGAUGAGAGAUACUCUUUUCUUCAGGAAAUUGAAGAUGUUUUAAGGUGGUAUAGAGUAAUGAAGAAAGGGUUACGGAUAGACCUCAAGAAAGAGGAAGAGUGGAAAAGUGUGCAUGUGUUAAACACCAUUGUUAAUUGGUUACAUCAUUCAUGA